GAAGGAGUGAACAAGGCGUAUGAGCACAGCCUGAAGGAUUUCAAAUGUCAACAGGACAGUAAUGCAAAUAUUGUUCAAAAAUCACACUCUUCUGCUCAUCACGGGAAGCUGGGAACGAACAUCAAUCUUCGUGCGGCGUUCAUCCACGUGGUCGGUGAUCUGCUCCAGUCGUUGGGUGUACUUGCUGCCGCAAUCAUAAUCAAAAUUACCGGAUAUCGUCUCGCCGACCCGCUUUGUACAUUCCUCUUCUCAGCACUCGUCCUGGUACGCUGCCGCUUCUUCAUUUUGCGUCAACCGGUCGCAGCAAUUUGUCGCUCAUUUCAGUUGACGACAUUUUCGGUUGUGCGUGAUUCCGUGUUCAUCCUGAUGGAAGCAUCACCGAAACACAUCAACGUGGACGGCCUCUACACCGAUCUCUGCGCUAUUGAAGGUCUU